UUAAAAGAAGAUGUCAUGUUUUCAGAGCAUCAGAAAAGAAUUGCUUCCGCGACCGUCAAAUUUGGUGUGAUUACAGAGAAAGCAAGUGAAAGUUUUCUGGGGGUGGUGGUAUUUAACGUUAGAGAACGGUAUUCGACUGAAAACACUUCCGAAUCGUUCAUCGGCACGCGCGUCCAUCUCGAGUCGUAUAGAUCAGUCAGUUAAAUUUUUUCACAUACCGUAUUGUACGCUAUUCGAUGGUGACAGCGAAAUACGAAUUUCGGAUUCAAGUGAAAGAUUGUUGGCAUAUAACGUUUGUAGUGCAUACAAAGUGAAAUUUUUGCUGUUCCGUGCAAAACGCGACUCGUAGAUGAUAAAGUGCGAUUGCGUCGCGUAGUGAAUUUAGAAAAUAUGAACACGUCGGAAUUUGUGGAAUUUGCUAAGGCGACUAUAGACUACGUUGCGGAUUAUACUGAGACUUUGAGAAGCAAAAACGUAUUGCCGGAUGUGGAGCCGGGUUACCUUAGUAAGUUAUUGCCUAAAGAAGCUCCGCAAAAAUCUGAGAAAUGGCAAGAGGUGCUAAAAGAUGUGGAACAAUACAUUAUGCCAGGGAUAACACACUGGAACUCGCCACAUUUUCACGCAUAUUUCCCAACGGCUAACUCUUAUCCGGCUAUCGUUGCUGAAAUUUUGAGCUGCGCUAUCGGGUGUAUCGGUUUUAGCUGGAUAACAUCUCCGGCUUGCACCGAACUCGAGGUCAUUACAUGUAAUUGGCUUGGCAAAUUGUUAGGGCUACCUAAUGAAUUUUUGAAUUCUCCUAAUGGGACAGGUGGAGGCGUCAUUCAGGGAUCUGCAAGUGAAUGUACAUUUCUAUGUCUGUUAGCUGCGAAAGACCAUACAACGCGUCGAGUAAAACGUCUUCAUUCCGAGAUGGAUGAGAAUCAUAUUAAAUCUAAAUUAGUCGCAUAUACCUCCAAUCAGUCCAAUUCUUCAGUGGAGAAGGCAGGAAUUUUAGGAUCAAUGCCAAUGAGGUUACUACCAGUGGAUGAUAAGUGCUCUCUACGCGGAGAAACUUUGAAGAAAGCAAUACAGGAAGAUUUGGAGAAAGGUCUUAUACCGUCUUACGUCGUCGCUACUUUAGGAACUACUGGCACCUGUGCUUUCGACAAUAUCGACGAGAUAGGGCCAAUAUGCAAAGAAUAUAACAUAUGGUUGCACAUUGACGCUGCUUACGCAGGUGCAGCAUUUGUAUGUCCGGAAUAUCGUCAUUUAAUGUCCGGCGUUCAGUAUGCGGAUUCUUUUAACGUGAACGCGCACAAGUGGUUACUUACAAAUUUUGAUGCUUCGGUAUUGUGGGUAAAAGAUUCGAGACGACUUAUAGAAACUUUCAGUGUUAACAGAAUAUAUCUUGCCCAUGAUAAGGAAGGAUUUGUACCGGAUUAUAGAAAUUGGCAGAUACCGUUAGGUCGACGUUUCCGUUCACUAAAAUUAUGGUUCGUCAUACGUAUUUAUGGAGUGCAAGGACUUCAGGAGCACAUUAGACGCACCAUAAAACUAGCGCAACUUUUUGAGAAUUAUGUCAGAUCAGAUGAUAGGUUCGAAGUAGUCACCGAAGUGGUUAUGGGUCUAGUCUGUUUCCGUAUCAAGGGUGAUAACAGUUUGACAAAGAAACUUGUAGACCGUCUACAGGCUAGAAAACAAAUUUAUCUCAUCGUCAGCACGUAUCAGCAUAAACUUGUUGCUAGAUUUGUCGUAUGCAGUCGAUUAUGUCGUGAAGAAGAUAUUGCUUUCUCGUGGAAUGAAAUAAGUAGUCAGACGACAGAAAUUUUGCAGGAAAGUUUUCGUAAACAAUCGGUUCGAAACAUCGUGAAAUCGACAGAUGAUAUUACGACAAGGAUAGAAAAUUUGAACUUAGAAACGAAAGAAAUUUCGCAAAAAAUAUCGUAAUUUUUAUCUUGAUCUGUAAAAUUUGGGCGAUUGACUUGUGUUACUCGCUCGCAUUUCUUUUUGGAACAACAAAAUUUGUAAAACUUUUCACGAAACAGCGAAAAUUUUUAAACUUUGCAUAUUUAGUUUUACAUUAAAAUUUUAAAUCAUACUCAUUAUUGUGCAAUGCUGCACAUUAAAAUCGUUGUACACAAAUAGUACACAAAUCGUUUAGCUUCAAAGUUGCGUAACUCGGUCAAAAAAAAUUGUAAGAAAGAGAAAUUUUAACAAAGGCAUUUUGUAGGUAAAAUAUUGUAGUUUAUGAUGCUUUACUUAAAUUAUUCGAAAAAAAAUCAUUUGUCGAGCUGCAAAGUGUCAAAAAUACGAAAUUUUAAGGAACAAAAUAAGGUGCUUAAGAGUUAACAGAAUUAUGUAUGAACAAAUGUGGUAUUGAUACAAAUGAGUGAAGAAUAGCUGCGUAUACAUAUACACUUGUGUGCCUGUGUACGUUUGUAAGUAUAACAUAAUUUUAAGAAAGACCAAGAUAGAUUUUUAUCAGUAUACAGAACACUGUAGUUAUAUAAUCUUUAUCCUCUCAAACAUUUUUCUCAUAAAAAAUAUAAUAUAUAAUAUAUUGAAAUAUUGUUUCAGCUGAAACAGGUUGUAAAACAGGAGGCAAACAAUUAAAUCUUUCAUAAACAACAUUAAACUUUUAUUUUUAUAAAGGUUUAUAUUUUAAUCCGCUGUGUCAGCUAGUAAACAAUACAUCUGAUUACAUUUGAUUAAGGCACAAUAUGCCAAUAUAAAGAUGCAUUAAUGAAAAAAUAAAUAUACAUGUCGCUUCAGCAUAAAAUAAGUCUCUUUUUUUUUAACUCUUCACAAAUAUAUGCGGAAAAAUCAAUUUUAUUACUUAAAAAAAGUAAGUGUACACUAUAAAAUUUAAAAUUGAAAAAUAUGCCAUAGUAAUCUUAUCACUCCUAUCAGUACCGUGUCACUCUGUUUUAUAUAUGAUUUUUUAAUCCUUAACAUUUAUUUUCGAGUAUUUCGAUUUCCACAUUUAGUCGCGCGUCAGAGACGGACCGAAAAUAGAAAUAAAAAUUAAUAUAAUAGAAGGAAAAAUAAAAUUUCAACAAAAUCAAGAUUACGUAACGUACUGGAUCACCUUAAUGUGAUGGACAUUAAAAAUUAGGUAGCAGGUGAUGUACGUAACUAGCAAAACAGCAAUUUUUCGCAAAGAAAAAAACGAUUUGUCUAGUAAUUUAAAAAAAAAAACUAUUUUUAUACUUUCAAUAAUUCAGAGAAAAUUGAGACCAAAUUGUUUAAGAUAGAACAUUUUAUACGCAUAUAUGAAGAAACAGGCUUUAGAACGUGAUUUCCUAAUGCAUAAUGUCAGGGUCAGAGAAUCAUUUAAAAAGUCGAAACGUUCACGGGACAGUCAGUCACAGUUUUGUCACACUAAUAAGAACAUCAUCGUGAUAAAAUCGAAAAUGCAUCAUAGUGCAAGUACUCAUGCUAUUGCUAUCUUUACGUCGGUAAUAUAUAUCCUCUUUGUGGUAAGAUUGCAUCUAAUAAUUUGUUUACUUUUUAUUUGUUUAUUUUCCUGCAAAAUUAUGUAACUUAUUUCUUUAUCUACAUAGUCUUCAUUAUUUAUUUCAGAUUGUUAUUAUUACUCGUUUCAAAGAGACAAACUUGUCUGAAAAAUGUAAGUAAAUCAUUGUCAAAUAGUAAAAAAUAAUAUUUAUAAAAUGUUCAUAACUGUUCACGUCUUUCUUAAAAUUAAAAUAAAUUUUUGUAAUCAAUUAAUGAGUAAAAAUAGUCAAAUAUAGACAAGACAAGAUCUAUUAUAUCUCGGAUUAAAAAUGUUAAAUCCAAAUUAAUUUCAAAUGUAGUUAGAAAACUAUACAUGAUUAGUUGAUCAAUUUACAUUCCUCUUUGAACAAGAAAUCAAGAUUCGGAUUCAACUGACAAUCGAUAUUGUACUUAUAUUUCUCAUAUGACAUAGUUUUAUAAAAAUAAAAGUUUAAUGUUGUUUAUGAAACAUUUAAUUGUUUGCCUCCUGUUUUACAACCUGUUUCAGCUGAAACAAUAUUUUAAUAUAUUACAUUUUUUAUGAGAAAAAUGUUUGAGAGGAUAAAAAUUAUAUAACUACAGUGUUCUGUAUACCGAUGAAAAUCUAUCUUGGUCUUUCUUAAAAUUAUGUUAUACUUACAAACGUACACAGGCACACAAGUGUAUAUGUAUAUGCAGCUAUUCUUCACUCAUUUAUAUCAAUACCACAUUUGUUCAUACAUAAUUCUGUUAAAUCUUUUAAUUUUGUUGAAACUAUUGUUUUACUAUAUUUUAUUCUACACUUAAAACUACUCGUCAAAACUUUAAUUUCAUUUUAGUUUUUAAAAUUUUUAAUUGCAUAUUGCUUCUUUCGCGAUGUUUGCACAGAACGUAUGGAAAUAUUUUUUAAUCGAUUAAAACAUAUAUGUGUUCCAAAUAUUUAAAAAUGCAUUAAUUUAUUAAUUAUUAAGUAUGACAUUAUAGUGUAACUAAUAAUAUUCAAAUAUUAUUUAAUUGUAGAGUGACCUCACACUAGAAUAAAAAACAAAAUUGAAAGAGUUAACAGAAUUAUGUAUGAACAAAUGUGGUAUCGAUAUAAAUGAGUGAAGAAUAGCUGCAUAUACAUAUACACUUGUGUGCCUGUGUACGUUUGUAAGUAUAACAUAAUUUUAAGAAAGACCAAGAUAGAUUUUUAUCGGUAUAUAGAACACUGUAGUUAUAUAAUUUUUAUCCUCUCAAACAUUUUUCUCAUAAAAAAUGUAAUAUAUUAAAAUAUUGUUUCAGCUGAAACAGGUUGUAAAACAGGAGGCAAACAAUUAAAUGUUUCAUAAACAACAUUAAACUUUUAUUUUUAUAAAACUAUGUCAUAUGAGAAAUAUAAGUACAAUAUCGAUUGUCAGUUGAAUCCGAAUCUUGAUAUCUUGUUCAAAAAGGAAUGUAAAUUGAUCAACUAAUCAUGUAUAGUUUUCUAACUACAUUUGAAAUUAAUUUGGAUUUAACAUUUUUAAUCCGAGAUAUAAUAGAUCUUGUCUUGUCUAUAUUUGACUAUUUUUACUCAUUAAUUGAUUACAAAAAUUUAUUUUAAUUUUAAGAAAGACGUGAACAGUUAUGAACAUUUUAUAAAUAUUAUUUUUUACUAUUUGACAAUGAUUCACUUACAUUUUCAGACAAGUAUGUCUCUUUGAAACGAGUAAUAAUAACAACCUGAAAUAAAUAAUGAAGACUAUGUAAAUAAAAAAAUAAGUUUCAUAAUUUUGCAGGAAAAUAAACAAAUAAAAAGUAAACAAAUUAUUAGAUGCAAUCUUACCACAAAGAGGAUAUAUAUUACCGACAUAAAGAUAGCAAUAGCAUGAGUACUUGCACUAUGAUGCAUUUUCGAUUUUAUCACGAUGAUGUUCUUAUUAGUGUGACAAAACUGUGACUGAGUGUCCCGUGAACGUUUCGACUUUUUAAAUGAUUCUCUGACCCUGACAUUAUGCAUUAGGAAAUCACGUUCUAAAGCCUGUUUCUUCAUAUAUGCGUAUAAAAUGUUCUAUCUUAAACAAUUUGGUCUCAAUUUUCUCUGAAUUAUUGAAAGCAUAAAAAUAGUUUUUUUUUUAAAUUACUAGACAAAUCGUUUUUUUCUUUGCGAAAAAUUGCUGUUUUGCUAGUUACGUACAUCACCUGCUACCUAAUUUUUAAUGUCCAUCACAUUAAGGUGAUCCAGUAUGUUACGUAAUCUUGAUUUUGUUGAAAUUUUAUUUUUCCUUCUAUUAUAUUAAUUUUUAUUUCUAUUUUCGGUCCGUCUCUGACGCGCGACUAAAUGUGGAAAUCGAAAUACUCGAAAAUAAAUGUUAAGGAUUAAAAAAUCAUAUAUAAAACAGAGUGACACGGUACUGAUAGGAGUGAUAAGAUUACUAUGGCAUAUUUUUCAUUUUUAAAUUUUAUAGUGUACACUUACUUUUUUUAAGUAAUAAAAUUGAUUUUUCCGCAUAUAUUUGUGAAGAGUUAAAAAAAAGGGACUUAUUUUAUGCUGAAGCGACAUGUAUAUUUAUUUUUUCAUUAAUACAUCUUUAUAUUGGCAUAUUGUGCCUUAAUUAGAUGUAAUCAGAUCUAUUGUUUACUGGCUGACACAACGGAUUAAAAUAUAAACCAUUAUAUUUUAAUCUGAUGUGUCAGCUAGUAAACAAUAGAUCCCAUUAAUCUAAUUAAGUCUUUAUGCAAAGUUUGGUUUUAUUCUAUUGUAAAAGAUAAAUAUCGUUGUCCAUGAAACAUUUAGCUUGCCUCUUAUUUUCCAACCAGUUGUUCCAGCUGAAACAAUAUUUCAAUAUAUUAUAUAAUAAUAUUAUAUAUUUUUUUCCGAGAAAAAUGUUUGAGAAAGAGAAUAAAGAUUAUAUGAUUACAGAGUUCUGUAUACGGAUAAAAAUCUAUCUUGGUCUUUCUUAAAAUUAUGUUAUACUUACAAACGCACACAGGCGAGUAUAUAUGUGUAUGCAGUUAAUUUAUUCUUCCCCCACUCGUAUCGACAUCAUAUUCGUUCAUACAUUCGAUUCUAUGAACUCUCUCAAUUUUGCUUUUUGCCCAUCUGUGAAUUGACCCUACAAUUAAAUAAUAUUUAAAUAUUAUGAGUCACACUGUAAUGUUAUACUUAAUAAUUAAUACAUUAAGGCAUUUUUAAAUAUUUGUAAUACACAUAUGUUUUGAUCGAUUAAAAAAUAUUUCCGUACGUUCUAUGAAAUACGUUCUAUUAAAUAUAUCGCGAAAGAAGCAAUAUGCAAUUUAAAAUUUUAAAAAUUAAAGAGAAAUUAGAGUUUUGGCAAGUAGUUUUAAGCGUAGAAUAAAAGUAGUUAUACAAUAGUUUAAUCAAAGGGUCUGGGUAUAAUCUAAACAAUAUUAAUUUGGUUUUUUUCUAGAUAUUGGCAGCCGUUUAACUAAACCGAGAAGUAUUCUGAACCCAUAUGUUAUAUAUAUAGAUAAAGCUGGGAAUUAUAUGCACGUAAAAACAAGAAUAUAUGCGCAUAUAUAUGCACAAAAUUUAGUAAAAAUAUGCAGAAAUAUAAGGAAAUAAUAUAAAAAUAUGCAAAAAUAUGCAAUAUAUAUAUUUAUUAAAUGAAAAGCAGAAAAGAUAAGAAAAUGAAAAUAAGUGCCAAAAUAUAAUAAAAUGAACAAAUAAAGUAAUUUUAAGCAAUAUAUAUAAUAUUGUAUUAACAUAAAACAAAAUUAUUUGAAUACAAAAUUAAAUUGAACAUUUAAUUUCUCACAGAAUUGUAAAUACUUAUAAUGAGAUGCUUUUCUAAAUUCUCAAUCAAGAAAGAUUGCCUGCGAUUCGACAAUAUCUGCUUGUAAGCCGAAAAACUUCUUUCUACAUCAACAGAUGUAAUUGGCGCGUACUUAAAUUUGCAGAUAAUUGAGGGACUCAUUUGAAUAUUUUCUUCAUGAUUUCCUUGCAAUAUAUUGGAUAUCUUAGUAAGUUGAGUAAAGCCUUCAUUUUUUCUUAAAACGUCUUCUAAUUUAGUUUUAAUCCGUUGUCCUAUUGUACCUUUGAUGUUGUUAAUUCUGUUUUUGAAGCUUUGAAUCAAUUCUAUAGAUUCAGAGAGUUCCAUAUCUUGAGUUUCUAGUUUCGUUAGCAAUUCGCUAAUAAAACCAUAAUUUGCUUUAAUAAAAGCUAACUCUUGAGGCAAUUGCGCUUUAUUUAAUAUAUUUUUGCAAUUUGUAAUUACUGCCGAAUCAUCAGAAAAAGAACACACAAUUUCUUUUAUCUUUUCGAAGUUCUCUGCAUAAAAUAAAGUCGCAUCAAGCCACGUACCCCAUCUUGUAAUUACGGGUUGUGGUGGAAGGGGCAGCUCGGGUAAUUUAUCUUUAUAAUAUUGGACUCGUAACGGUGCUUUGAUAAAUACUUUUUUCGUUUUAUUAACCAAUCUGUUAAUAUCGGGGAAUUCAUUGCGUAUUUCUUCCGCUAUUCUAUUAACUCCAUGAGCCAAACAUGUAACGUGGAUCAAAUUAUUAUAAAAAAUCUUCAAAUUUUGUGCUGACUUUAUCAUGUAUGCCGCAGCGUCUGACAACAUCAGUAACACUUUCUCACUUGGAACAGCAUUUGGUAAAUAAAACCUUGUUAAACAAUCAUUUAUAAAUUUUGAAAUAGUUACAUUAUUUGUUCUGUCUAAUUCUUGUGUACCAAUUAAAUAUGAUUUUCCGGCGCAAUCUUCAUUUAAAAUGCCGAUUAAUAAAUUGGCAAUAUAUCGUCCACAAGUAUCUGUUGUUUCAUCUACAAUAAUGUAAAUGUUGUUGUCGCCGAUUGCAUCUUUAAUUUUAAUCAUUGUUUCCUUAAACACCAUAUUUACGUAUUUGUUUCUUAUGGUGCUACGAUCAGGUAUUAAAAAUUUAGUGUACUUUCCCAAAAAUGUUUUAAACAUUGUGUUAUCUAAUUUCGCUAGCGGAAUAUUUGCACUAACUAAGGCAUUACAUAAGUCAAAACGAAAAGAUUCCUGUUCUUCAUUUUUCGAUGUUGAAGCAAAUGAUUGAUUUAAAGUACGUUGUGCUAAAUUUUUAUAUUUUAUUGAAUUAUUUUUAUGCAAACUAGUGCCAAGGUGCUGCGUUAUUUGAAAUUUUUUAUCGCAUGAUACCUAAAAUAAAUAAUAAAUUGACAAAAGAAUAAUAAAAUGUGAACAAAAUUUACUUACAAUUUUACUGCAAUAUUUGCAGAAUACACUGCCUUUAUCUAAAUAGAGCUCGGGAUAAUCUUUUAUCCACAGCGAUAAAAGUGAAUUUGACUUCGGCAUUAUUAAAAAUAUGAGAAACGAGAACAAGUACGAAAACGAGAAAUGAAUUAACUCUGACUGACUAGAUGCACUCUGCACUGCGCACCAACUUUUAGGCAGAUCGAAGAUGAUCAAACAUGUCAGGACACGUCCGGCAAACAGUUGAGCUCGAGGGGGUCGCGCAUAACUUUUCAUGCCUCUUACCAUGGAUGGUAAAUAGAUCGAUCAAUCACUACAAGUCCAGUCGGUAUUUACCAUCUACGAUAAGAAGCAUGAAAAGUGGUGCCCCGUCAUUAAAGAUUCACUCUGUAUAUUUCAAUAACAUAAUUGAAAAAAAA